GAUUUGAAAUUGAAAUUUUGUACACGUACCAUAUCAUGUAGAAUAUCUUUUGAGCAAAUCGCAAGACUCUUGCAUUUCUGUCCUGUGUUUUCGGUGGAUGUUAGGCCUUACAUAUUUGCAUUAGAUUUUGAUUCUUUGAGCACCGCUCAUCUUGCUUUGAGUUCUUGUAUAUGGCUUGUUUGAUCUCAACAUUUCACUUGAUGUAGCAUCAAUUUGAAGCUCUUUCCUCUAUAAUUUCUUCCUUUUUUUUUUAACUGGAAGUUGUUUGUUUUAUUUUCUGUGCAGAGCAGUGAGAUUAUGGGAUUUGUGUUCGGCCAAUGGAUCAUGCACAAGGUUUUGCUUGUGGUUUUAAUGGUUGUCUAUAGUGGGUUCUCUUCAAAUGUUGUCAGCAGCAUUGUUGAAGCAAGACCAGAAGUUGUGAACAUUGGGGCUCUUCUGUCUUUAGAUUCUUCCAUUGGCAAAGUUGCAAAAGUUGCUAUAGAAGCUGCAGUGGAAGAUGUGAAUAGGAACCAGUCUGUUCUUGGUACAACUAAGAUGCAACUUACCAUGAGGGACACAAAUUAUAGUGGAUAUAUGAGCAUGCUUGAGGCUUUAAGCUUGAUGGGGAGUGAGGUAGUGGCCAUAAUUGGCCCCCAGUUUUCUGUCACUGCUCAUUUCCUAUCUCACAUUGCCAAUGAGCUUCGAGUGCCCUUAUUAUCAUUUGCAGCAACAGACCCCACACUAUCUUCACUUCAGUACCCAUUCUUUGUUAGAACAACACACAGUGAUAUAUUCCAAAUGGCUGCAAUUGCAGAUAUAGUAGACUACUAUGGAUGGAGGGCAGUAACAGCAAUCUAUGUAGACGAUGAUCAUGGGAGGAAUGGAAUUGCAGCAUUAGAAGACAAACUAGCUGAGAGACGUUGCAAGAUAUCAUACAAAGCUCCUUUCAGUCCCAAUGUGAACCAGCCAAGUGAGAUAUCAGAUGUAUUAUACAAGGUAGCUUUAAUGGAGUCUAGGGUUAUUGUUGUUCAUGCUUACCCAGAUAAGGGUCUGCAGGUGCUUAAACAGGCUCGGCAUAUGGAGAUGAUGAGUGCUGAGUAUGUGUGGAUAGUUACUGAUUGGCUUUCUGCGAAAAUAGACACCAAUUCUCCACUCGCUACAGAAGACAUGGAUGAUAUUCAAGGGGUUAUUACUUUGCGAAUGCACACACCAAAUACAAAAGAAAAAAGCAAAUUUGUUUCUGGGUGGAGCAAUUUGGCUAGCAGAAAAGCAGCUGGCGGCACUUUUGGGUUAAAUUCUUAUGGUCUAUAUGCUUAUGACACUGUCUGGCUUCUUGCUUAUGCAAUCGAUGCAUUUUUGAAUCAGAAAGGAAACCUUUCAUUUUCAUAUGAUCCAGGGUUAUCAGAACUACAGAGGAAGAACCUACAUGCAGAUGCUUUAAGAAUCUUUGAUGGAGGAAAUUUGUUGCUUAAGAGUAUUUUACAGGUUAACUUCACAGGUGUAACAGGAUCAAUCAAGUUUUCUGAUGAGAACCUCAUACAUCCUGCAUAUGAAGUGAUCAAUGUUAUUGGCACAGUAUUUAGGAGGAUUGGUUAUUGGUCUAAUCAUUCAGGAUUAUCAGUAGAAAUUCCAGAAGAGAUUUAUAAAAAGACACCUAGUAAUCCAAACUCACGUCAACAACUGUACAGUGUAAUCUGGCCUGGACAAACAGUAGUGAAGCCUCGAGGGUGGGUUUUUGCUCACAAUGGAAGGCGUCUGAGAAUUGGAGUCCCAAAUCGAGUCUUUUAUCACGAGUUUGUCUCAGUAGAAGCCAAUAAUAUGUUCAGUGGCUAUUGCAUUGACGUGUUUACAGCUGCCUUGAACUUAUUGUCUUAUGCUGUGCCAUUUGACUUUGUAGCAUUUGGGGACGGUCAUAAUAACCCAAAUACCACUGAGCUUCUGCGAUUGAUCUCAGUUGGUGUAUUUGAUGCUGCAAUAGGCGACAUUUCAAUCACGACUGAUCGAGCAAGGAUGGUGGAUUUCACACAGCCAUAUAUCGAAUCUGGCCUAGUUGUUGUUGCCCCUGUCAGGAAGUUAAACUCUAGUGCCUGGGCAUUCUUGAGGCCAUUCACUCCAAUGAUGUGGCUUGUAACUGCAGUUUUCUUCCUUGUUACGGGUGUGGUGAUAUGGAUUUUGGAGCACAGGAUCAAUGGUGAUUUCCGAGGACCUCCUAGAAGACAAAUUGUAACUAUUCUAUGGUUUAGCUUUUCUACCUUGUUUUUUUCCCAUAAAGAAAAGACAAUGAGCACCCUUGGUCGCCUGGUGCUAAUCAUCUGGCUAUUCGUAGUUCUUGUUCUCAAUUCAAGCUACAUUGCAAGUUUGACCUCAAUUCUCACAGUAGAACAGCUUUCUUCUUCUAUUAAAGGAAUAGAAAGUUUGGUAUCUAGCAAUGAUCCCAUUGGCUACCAGCGAGGUUCAUUUGCAGGACGUUACUUAGUCAAUGAAUAUAAAAUAGAUAAGUCUAGACUUAUUCCUCUCAACUCUGCAGACGACUGUUCUAAAGCCUUGCAAGAUGGUCCUCAGAAAGGUGGUGUUGCUGCUGUUGUUGAUGAAAGAGCAUACAUAGAACUCUUUCUCUCAUCUCAAUGUGAAUUCAGUAUUGUUGGUCAAGAAUUCAGCAAAAAUGGCUGGGGAUUUGCCUUUCCAAGAGACUCUCCGCUAGCAGUAGACAUGUCAGCUGCGAUCCUGAAACUAUCAGAAGGUGGAGAACUUCAAAGAAUGCAUGACAAAUGGCUUCUGGGUAGCCCUUGCAGAUUAGAAGGUGCAAAAGAAGAUGCAAACCGGCUUCAUCUGAAAAGCUUCUGGGUCCUAUUUCUUUUCUGUGGUAUAGCUUUCGUUUUAGCACUGAUUGCAUAUGUAAUAAAGAUAAUCAGGGAAUUUGCCAAGCACUGUUCCGAGGAACUUGAGGGAUCUACAUCACGAAGCUCACCAUCUGCACAUCUUCAGACAUUUCUUUCGUUUCUUGAUGAAAUGGAAGACGAUGUCAAAAGCAGGCCAAAAAGAAGGCGAAUGGCUCCAAAGGCUUCAAGCAGAAUCAUAGAUGCAAACACUUCAAGAAAUAGUGAUUACGUUGAGAGUUCUAUUGUUGCCUUGGAAGUCUAGAUAUAUAUGUAUUUUUCUUGUUGCUUUAGCAUUAAGCUUUCAGGAUUGGAAUUAUAAUUAAAUGCUGGAGGCUUUUCUGCA